GUUAAAUCAUAAUAAAUAAUUUCGUGAGUCAAACUGUCGGAGCUCAAACACAAUAGUGGAUAUCCGGAAAUUGCGACUAAGCGGCGCUAUAGUUGUUGCAGGUUAGGUAAACUAACGAUUCGUUACUCUUCACUUUUCGUUUCGAGAGUCGUAGCCGAAGAACUUUCCUGCGCAGAAAUGGAAACUGCAUCAACCGACGUGAGCAUGUCCGCUAGUGGCGAAGAACAACAUAUAACAUCAAACUGUGUAAAUGACGAGCAAGAAAUUAUGGAUAAAUCAAGUGACGUUUAUCAAAGAACUACUUGGGAUAAAUUGCAUACGUCAAUUGUCUACUUAGUAUCCAAAGUCAAUGGUAUUAAUAUUGGAACUGUAAAAAAAGAGUUACUUAAACAAAAUAUUAUAAGAGGUAAACAUUUGUUUUGUAAUUCUAUUAUCCAUGCACAAAUUGCUUCAUGUUCCAACGAUACACAUGUUUAUGCAACUUUGGUUGCUGUCAUAAACCUUGCAUUUCCAGAAAUUGGAAAAUUAAUCGUGGACGCGAUUCUUAUGAAAUUCCAAUGUGCCUAUUUUGAAUAUGAAGAAUCAGAUGCUGUAGCAUCUGUGGUAUUUAUUGGACAUUUGAUUAAUCAUAAUGUUGUUGAUGAAAAGCUAGCUAUAGAACUAUUAGAUCUUCUUUUUGAAGAACCGUCUUUGUUUUCUAUUGAAAUAGCUAUUGAAUUUUUGGAAAUAUGUAGUAAAAGAGUUAGUGAAGUCUUUAAAAAUUUUUUGAAUGAAAUAUUUGAUAAAAUUCGUAGCUUUUUGAAUGAUGAACAUGAUGAAAAGGUUCGCAGUUCUCUAAGUUUGAAACUUUCACAAUUCGAUGAAAAUGGAUUCAAGUUUAAACAUCUUGAUUUACUACCAACUAAUGACUGUCAAAUCACUCAUUUUGCAACUUUUGACUCGACUGUAGAUGCUACAUUAUAUAAUAUAGAGUACGAAUAUGAUCCGGAAUUUGAAUCAAAUGAAAAAAUUUAUAAAAGUUUGGUAUUGAAAUUACAAGAAGAUGAUGAUGAAGAAAGUGGAUUUGAAUCUGUAACUGAUUUUAAUAAUCAGUAUGAUGGUGAAAAAAAAUUGAUUGAAAUGAUAAAACAUAUUAAUAACAUAGGAAAAGACAUAAAUAUGAUAUCAUUGAGAAAUAUAUGUCUAAGAGAAGUUAUCAACUUAAUUGUAAACUCGCCAACGGAUUAUAAAAAAUAUUAUGAGAAAUUUAUUAUACCUGGUCAAGAAAUGGAACUUUGUUUUAUGAUUUUGGACUGUUGCUGUGAACAAAGAACAUAUAAAGAUAAUUUUGGACUUCUAGCUAAAGAAUUAUGUGAAACAAACAAGAUAUUUUUUGAUAUGAUGGAAAUUAUUUUUAUUCACUGCUAUGUAACAAGCUACAAUUUUGAUACACAAAAAUCAUACCGUAUUGCCAAAUUUUUUGCUCAUAUAAUUAAAAUUGGUUUAAUAUCAUUCAAGUUCUUAUCAGUAAUUGAAGAUGAAUCAAGUUCUCCUAACGGAAAUUAUGUUGAAAUUUUGCAUCAAGAAAUAGAUAAUACAGUUUAUCAUAACAGCUAUAAUUUUUAAAGUUCCGACUCAAAUAAAUUUCCAGCUUCAACUAAUGAAGUUGACUAUCUACCAUUUUUACAUUAUCAUAGAAGCUAUUAACAUUUGUUUUAUGUUAUCUAACCCAUUUAACAAAAAUAUUUUUGAA